GAAAGAAUAGGACAGAAAGUAGAGAGAGAGAGAGAGAGGGAGGAAGGAGAAAAGAAACAAAAAGAAUGGAGGGCAUUCAGAUCUUUGUCUGCAGUUGGGUUGUUGCUUGUCUGAGUGGCUUCUGCGUUUACCUCUAUCAUGUUCUCUGGUUGAGAACUGAAAAGCUACGAGAGAAGCUGAGGAAGCAAGGUUUCAGAGGUCCUCCUCCUUCUUUUCUCUGUGGGAACUUUUUAGAGAUGAAGAGAAUCGAGUCUAUGGUGGCCAUGUCUCCCAGAAAACAAGAUGGCUGUCUAACGGACGACUAUGCACCUUCACUCUUCCCUUAUCUGGAGCUCUGGAGAAAGGAAUAUGGUUCAGCAUUUAUGUUUACAACAGGUAACGUUCAACAUUUGUACAUCAGUGAUCCAAAUCUGGUGAAGGAGAUAAGCCUGUGCAAAUCUUGGGAUUUAGGGAAGCCCUCUUAUGUGAUUGAGCAACUUGGGCCUUUGCUGGGCCGUGGCGUUACACUGUCCAAUGGACAUCUGUGGGCCCACCAGCGAAAACUAAUAGCAUCGGAGUUCUUCAUGGAUAAAGUGAAGGGAAUGGUGGGACUAAUGGUUGAGUCUACCCUGCCACUGUUGAAAUUGUGGGAGGAUUUGGUUGAAGCUGAGGGAGGGCUUGCAGACAUUAGAAUUGAUGAGGACUUGAGAAACUUAUCAGCAGAUGUAAUCUCAAGAACUUGUUUUGGGAGUUCUUAUUCUGAGGGAAAGGAGAUUUUUUCACUGCUUUGGAAGCUUCAAAAGACCAUGUCUCGCACAACCAUACUCAUUAGGCUUCCAAUUCUGAGAUAUCUCCCAACCAGAAACAAUAGAGAAGCUUGGAGGUUAGAGAAAGAGAUUGAGAAAUUGAUUUUAGAGGUAGUAAGAAAACGUAGGGAACAAAAUGUUGCAUCUUCUGAGAAAGACCUAUUCCAGAUGAUCCUUGAAGGUGUCUAUGCUGAUCAGCUUGGGCAAAAAACAGCCAAUAGCUUGGUUGUAGAUAACUGCAAGAACAUAUAUGUCGCCGGCCAUGAGACCGUCGCUUCUGCUGCUACAUGGACCUUGAUGCUACUUGCUUUACACCCGGAAUGGCAGUCUCGAGCUCGCAAGGAGGCCAUUGAGGUGCUUGGAGGUUGCCUGCCAAACGCUGAUAUGUUGCACAAGAUGAAAAUGCUGACAAUGGUGAUUCAAGAGGCACUGAGGCUGUUCCCUCCAUCCUCACUGAUUGCAAGGGAGGCCUUUGAAGAGAUUCACUUGGAUGAAGUCUGUAUACCAAAAGGCGUCAACCUUUGGAUCCCAAUAUCCACAGUGCAUCGCAUGCCGGAAAUUUGGGGACCAGACUCAGAUAGGUUUAAGCCAGAGAGGUUUGCUCAUGGCAUCUUUGGUGCCUGCAAGCUUCCACAUAUGUACAUUCCAUUUGGGCUUGGGCCUAGGGCAUGUUUGGGUCAGAAAUUUGCCGUGGUUGAGUUGAAGAUUCUUCUUUCUCUUAUACUUUCUAAGUUCUCUUUCUCACUCUCUCCCAAUUACAUCCAUUCUCCAGCAUUCCGAUUUGUUAUACAGCCCCAAUAUGGAAUGCCUCUCCUUGUACAAAGAGCAUGAUUUUAAAGAAUUGAGUACAUGUAGAUAAUAUAAGGAUCAUAAGGGCUUUUGUAGUCAUUUCUCAGUUUUCACAACUAAGUUUUGAUUUCUUUUGGCUUAGCACAAGUCAAGAAAAAUUCAUGCUUCUGGUUAGACUAAGAAAAUAAGUAGGUUUUUACUUGGAAAACAAAACAUAAUGAUUGAAAAAUAUACAUGUUGGAAGAUAUGAAUAGAAAAGACCAACCUCAGAAAAGUUACAAAUAUUAGUCUUAUAUUUGA